AUGGGAAAUACAAUUUCCGUUACCAAUUGUUUUCAAGAGCGAAGUAACUUAGAUGAUACAUUAAAGUUUUGA